AUGCCGGCUCCAAAGAUGUCAUCCGACGACAUCCUCGCGCUGCCGCCGCGGCUACCCGAAGUGGAGCAGUGGCGCGACGAGCCCGUCUCUCUGCUGCCGGCCGCGCUGUACGCCCUGACCGACCUGCCGGAUGCCGCUGCCGACCUGGUACGGCUUCAGGACGCGUGCGAGGCCAAAUGCGACACGCACCACCGCGGCGAGUGCGUGCGGCCGCCGCCCGACGGCGCGUGGAACUUCGCCGGCCAGACGAUGGAGGCCGUCGUGCGCCACCACCUCGAGCUGGCCAAGGGCCGCCAGUUCGACCCGCUGCACUUCGUCGUCGUGGCGGCGGCGUCCGGCGGCGGCGAUGACGUGGUGCUAUUCGUCACGCUUGACGCGGACGACGAGCAGGAGGAGUGCGUGCCCGACGCCUUCUGGGUCAAGGCCGAGGAUGCGGGGCUCUGCUUCAUGAACAUGGUCAUCGGGAGCGCGGACUGGUACGAGCAGAAGGCGCAGCAUGCGUUGAAGAAGUAG